UAAGGCCCCGGGGGCCCAGGACCAGAGCCGCUCGCAGCCAAUGGGCGCGGUGGAGCGGCUCGAGCGCGGCUGACGCUGCACCAAUGGGCGCCCGCGGGGGGCGGGGGCAGCAGAGGAGACACUAUUGUUGAUGAGGAGCAGCGACGGCGGCGGCGGCUGCACCACCUUGUUACUGCCGGCCGCGGCCCAGUCUCCUCCCCGCGCCCCGGAGUCCGGCUUCGUCACUUGGUCGCGGGGACCUUCCCUCUGGCCCCAAGAAUCCUCCCCCUGCAACCCAACAAGAGAAAACCCCCCUCGUCUCGCCCAGUCACCGGGGAGGGGGGACCAUGUCCCAGCGGGUGAGGCGCAAUGGGUCCCCCACGCCGGCCGGUGCCCUCGGGAGUGGUGCAGUCAACACGGCCGGGGGACCUGGGAGCCGCCUGCAACCCAUGAGGGCGACGGUUCCAUUCCAACUGAAGCAGCAGCAGCAACAUGGCAGCCCCACGCGGAGCAACGCCCCAAGACCGCAGCCCCCGCCGCCGCCUCCGCUGCUGGGUACCGUGUCGUCGCCUAGCUCGUCGCCCACCCACCUGUGGACAGGCGAGGUGAGCGCGGCUCCACCCCCAACCCGCGUCCGGCACCGGAGGAGGUCCCCGGAGCAGAGCCGCCCCUCCCCGGAGAAGAGGAGCCCGAGCGCCCCGGUUUGCAAAGCGGGUGACAAAACACGACCUCCUUCCUCAAGCCCUUCCAGUAUUAUCCGUCGCACUUCUUCCCUGGAUACACUUGCAGCUCCAUACCUAGCUGGGCACUGGCCUCGUGACAGUCAUGGGCAAGCUGCACCUUGCAUGAGGGACAAAGCUACACAGACAGAGAGUGCAUGGGCUGAAGAGUACUCUGAAAAGAAGAAAGGAUCUCACAAACGCUCAGCAUCCUGGGGCAGUACGGAUCAACUUAAGGAGGUCAGGAAGUUGCUGAGGCAGGUGCAGAGAAGUAAACACAGCAGUCGGCAUCAUCGAGAUAAAGAAAGACAGUCUCCAUUCCAUGGCAACCAUGCAGCUAUUAACCAGAGUCAGGCUCCUGUUCCAAAGAGUGCCCUUAUUCCAGUAAUUCCUAUCACCAAAUCAACAGGUUCCCGGUUCCGGAAUAGUGUGGAAGGAUUGAAUCAGGAGAUUGAAAUAAUAAUUAAAGAGACUGGGGAAAAGGAAGAGCAACUUAUACCACAAGAUAUUCCAGAUGGACAUCGGGCACCUCCCCCCCUGGCACAGAGAAGUAGCAGCACACGUAGCAUCGACACACAGACCCCUGGUGGGGCAGACAGGGGAAGCAACAACAGCAGCCGUUCUCAGUCUGUGUCCCCCACCUCAUUCCUUACUAUCUCUAACGAAGGCAGCGAGGAGAGUCCUUGUUCAGCUGAUGACCUGCUUGUCGAUCCCAGAGAUAAAGAGAAUGGGAACAACUCUCCUUUGCCCAAAUACGCAACCUCACCAAAACCUAACAAUAGUUACAUGUUCAAAAGGGAACCUCCUGAGGGUUGUGAAAGGGUCAAAGUCUUUGAAGAAUGCUCACCAAAACAACUUCAUGAAAUUCCAGCCUUCUACUGUCCUGACAAAAACAAGGUGAAUUUCAUUCCUAAAAGCGGUUCUGCUUUCUGCCUCGUCAGCAUCCUCAAGCCACUCCUUCCCACACCAGAUCUUACCCUCAAGGGCUCUGGCCACAGCCUGACAGUCACCACUGGCAUGACAACCACUCUGCUUCAGCCCAUUGCUGUGGCCUCCCUGUCUACAAAUGCAGAGCAAGACCGAGUCUCCCGAGGAACCAGUACGGUCUUGCCAUCAGCCUCCCUUCUCCCACCUCCAGAACCAAUCGAGGAAGCCGAAGGAUAGGCCCCAAUACUUCAUGGCCAUGGUUCUGGAAAAUGGAGAACCUCCUCAGAUCGCUUGACUAUGAUGGCAGCGUGGGCUCCCAGUUGGCUGUGACAUGCUCCAGCUUUCCAGUGAUAGUGAGGCUUCUGGAAGAGAGCAGCCCCUCUGACUGCUCCGCCCCACUCAAGAAGGCCAGCCCUCAGUGCUUAGCCUGCUUUUUCUUAAAGCACUGAAUGAAAUAAGAAAGGUCUCAUUUGGAAGGACAAUAUCACAUUGUUUUUGUUUUCAAAUUAGACUUAAAAAACAACACACACACACACAAAAUCUGAUCCCUGAAAACAUGAUUCCUGAAUCAAGACAUGAAUGAUGCUGCAAGAACCAUCUUUUAUAUGAAAAUGACUCUUUUAUAAUGCCAAUGUUAUAUUUCUGAAACGUAGCAAACAGGAUGUUCAAAAGAUUCUUUGGUGGCCUCUGUUUCUUGUUUCCCUUUCUAGAUGUGUACUUUUCUCAGUUGUUUUCAGCUUUGGGACCAAAGGGAUUGUUGACAUUUUCCCAGCAGUCUUAAUCUCAUGACUAUGUUCUUCUCCCAAAUAAGAAUUGAUAAUAAGUAAAUGCAUUGAGCAAGUAUAUAUAAAAAGAGAUACAAAGCAAUAUUCCUACAUUAUGUGAUUUAUGUUUUUUGAUGUCUAAAGUUUGUGCUUUGGGUGAAAUAUUUGUAAAACUGCUGUUUUCUUCACUUACUGUACACAUUUCACCAUGUGGUCAGAAAAGUUAUAGUCUGAAGAUAAAUGCUUUAAUAUGUUCUCACCCAUGUUGGAACUUGGUUUAAGAGUCGUGAGCCAAAAGGAAAACUACCCAGUGUUGAUUGCUAAAUAGGAUUAAGGAGCCCUUUGGUUUUCUGUGAAGUGUGUAUUGCGCUAUUGCCCUCCUUUGCCACAGGUGUCAUUCUGCCUUUAGUCAUCACUGUAUCAUAGUCCCAAGAGACCCUAAAAUGGCUGUGCAUGGAUUUCCUCCUUUGCUUUUGUGAUGUUGUUGUCUUGUGGAUUUGGUCAGGGUCAGUAGUUUGCCAGGAGUGUAAUCCAUUGAAUAGUGAUCCUUAGCCACAGAACCUUGAGACUGACUUUUUCUUUAUGGUGGUUGGCACUGAGAUUUAUUGCCUACAGAUUUUGCUAGUUUCCUCUCAAAUACUCCACACAGUGGAGAAAACAGAGAAGAGCUUUGGAGCAUAAACAACACUCACCUUGAAAAAUCCAUGCUGUUUUGGAUUUGGGCUCAUCCUUAGACAAACCUACUGCCAAUAUCACAAGACAACAGUAUUUCAUUUCUGCGUAUGUGGUAGUAAAAUUAAGGAGCAGCUCUGUUUGAGAAGUGAAUUUCAGCAAAACAGUGUCAAUUAAAAAGCAUCCUUUAAAUACCUUCAUUUAGUAUGUUAUGAUGCAAUAAGUUACUGUUCCUAUACAAACCAUAUGCAGAAAAAAUUUAAGUCCUAUUAAAGGGUUACUGUGUCAAAGGUAAUAUGUCGGCUUGUCCAGACAAAUUCCAUCAAGGAAAACCUAGUGGUAGCAAUAAAUCUUCUGAAAGGACUUUUAUUUGUCUACCUUUACACAUCUUAGCAAUUUAAAAUAUGCCCUAUUAAGUUUAAAAUGUAUUUAGGUAAAUCAGAUAAUUGCAAAUGUUUGAGAUGAAUCUGUCAGGUUUUAGUUGAUAGGACUGAUGAAUUUGGGUACUUUUUCCAUCUAAAACUUAAUUUUCUAGGAACUAGUAAAUUGUGGCUUUUAACUCAGUAAAAGCUCAGUUAUUGGGGGUCUUAAAUUUUCUAGUUGGUUGGUUGUUGUUUUUUUUGAGUACCUUGAUUGUUUGCCUUCUUUCUUAUGCCUUUUGACUUUGCUCUUUCACCAGUGAGUAUCUGCUCUAUUGGAAACUGAAAUCAGGUGAGUUGAUAUAAAUCAGGAAGGAGGUAGUUAAAAAUAAGGUUUUGUUUGAUUUUUUUUUUUAAACCACCAGGUUUUGUUGUUGUUUGUUUUUAACCUGAGUAUUGUUAAAUAUGUGUUCUUUCCUCCACCUUACGCUUACUUCUUUCCUCUUCUAUCUCCAAGGGUGUUUUACAACAGAAUGUCACUUUGUUAACAGUAUAUCUUUUUUAUAUUUGUCAAAUUCACAUCUUUCUGUAGAGUUUCAAAUAUCCUUAAUCUGAAGUAAUUAAAAUCAGAGGAGAAGAGUUGUCAGAUUUACUAUUAACCGUCUUGUUAAUAGAACUUCUAGUCUAAUGUUUGGUUGUAAAGAAAAUGUGAGAUUUACAGGUAAAUUAAUUGUAUGACAACCAGACACAGUCCCUGGUUUGGGCAUAAUGCAGCUGAGAUUUGGUGGGAGAACUUCCAAGGUACAAAACAACUCUGCCAGUGCCAAAGGGCUAAUUUUUAAGCAUAUAAGCUUUAUCACAUUCUUCAAAAAUAUUAACCGUAGGUCCAUCUGGCUGUUUUAUUUAACCCUUAGUUACUAGUGGUUCAUUUCUUUAAAAUGGGUCUUAUCUCAAAGAAUGCACAACAUUUUAUCCUAAAAUUACAAUUCAUGAUUAUUGUAUUUUUUAGAAAAACUGAGCAGAAAGUAAAUAGAAUACCUUCAGUGGGUAUAUAAUUUUUUUCAAAUUAAAUUCACUUUCACUGCAGAAAAAGAAAACUGGGUGGCAUGUGUCUAUCAGCAAAAGGAACUAUUAUCUAGUUAUUCACUUUGUAGGUCUUAAUUAUAUUUUUACUCUUAAUUUCUUUCUUGUGAUGAUAAAACAUAUAUUUACUGUUUCUGAUCAUGACUAAGUCUAUUACUUAUCAUGGCUUUUGUGAGCAAUUAUGUUUUAAAAAUACCAGUUUUGCCUCUCUGGUUAAAUAUGGAUGCCAAGAUUAUUUUUUAACCAAUUUCUUCAUUUUGCUUAAAAUGUUUCAUAUACUUGGAACCACAGGCCAAAUCAGCCUUUUAGAAGGUGCUAUUGCUCACUUUGGAAUAUCUGGCAACACGAAAGGCAUUUUUUUUUUUGAAUAGUGGUUUUUCACUUCAAGAAAGUAUUUUAAAAAUGGCAGAAUUUAUAGCCUUCUCUAUGUGCAAGAUAAUGACUAAGUUGUCAGGAUUUUAUUUUAAGGAAAAUAAAAGAAAAAUUGCCAUUACUAAAUAUACUUUGCUUUUCUAAUCUUCACAUUCAUUCCUUAAUGCUUGUAUUUUUAGUGUUUCAAAACUGGACCAGUAGAAUGCUGAAUUUGCAAAAAUAAAGCUAAUAAUACUUAACUCUGCACUUUAAGGUUUACGUUUUGCUCUGCCUAAAUGAGUGAUAAGCAGAGUAGCCCUGAACAAUAUUUUGUUUAUACAGUCCUGUUGAAGAAUAUAAUUUAUGUUUUAUAAGCUCUGCAUCUUUCAUCUGUUGACGCUGUGUAAAUCUUUUUAAAUGCAAUUUUUAAAAAUUUUGUUUUCUAACAAAAUUCUCCCAAAAAGAGCAUUUCCAAUGGUAAUAGAUAUUGUUACUAUGUACUUAUGUAUUCCCUGUACCUGAACACUUGUUGCUGCCUCACAAGAAAAUAGAACUUUUAUGUUAAAAAAUAAAGUCUGUUCUUGAGAGUU